CAUGGCUGAUCCUAUAGACUAUAUCAAACUUGCCAAUGCUCAAGUAGUGAUAAACAUCUCGGUAUCUGCCAUCCUUGUCGCCAUCUUGGUCUUACAGCUCUUGGUACGCCGUGGAUCUGUGAAGCUCCAUUAUUACUUCCUGUUGGCUGCCAAUGUUUUCUCUUUGAUUUCAAAUGCAAUCAGCGAAGGCAUUGACAAUAGUUAUAUGGUCUCAAAUGGCCCAAUUUUAGCACUCGUCAUCCUGGGCUAUAUAUCAGACGCCUUCUUCGGCUUGACUGCUGUGCUGGCUCUGCGUCAAUUCACGAUCUCAUAUCUGGGAGGGCCAACCUUUGUAAUAACCGCCAUGUGUAGCCUCGCAAUUGCUGCAUGUUUAGCCUUUAUCAUUGUGGCUGGCCUUUACGCUCAAUCUAUCGUAACCCCAAGUACAGACAAUAAUGUAUACAUACUGUACAAAGCUGACUUAUGGACCUUCUUCGCGCUAUGGGCGUGGUUACUACUGCUUUUGCUGGUUAUUCGAAUAACAUAUCACACCAAAGUGCCACACAAUGAGAAAAGGAGCACAAUCAUCAAGACCUUCAGCUUACUUUCGUUGUACAUUGUCAUGAUGUUUGCGUUUUAUCUCUAUGUUGUAAUUACAACAUAUGAAGAAGAGAUCUUGUUUGCACAAGAUUUUGGCAUCGUGGUCGGUAAUGUGAUCCUUAAUACACUGCUUUAUAGGCUCUCUACACUUCUUUUCGUAAUGUUUUACAAUAAGCUAUCGGUAAUGACACCACUCCCUCUCGGAAGGGAUACACAUGAAAUCUGUGAGGCAUAGAUGUAAUAUACCCUUGCAAUACACAUAUCGUACUAAUUUACAAUUUCAAACCAUUAUUCAUAAUAAAAUUCUGAUAUCACCUCCUACAAUUACCAGGUUGAUGGUC